AUGAAGAACGGCUUGCAUGGUGCGCAGGAUGAACGAAGGCCGCGGCGGGAAAGAAAGCAAGUCCAACCGUGGCCGUCUCUCGGGUUAUUCUUCUACUGGGCGUGUUGUUUGCAGCGUGGGCGGGGUGGCGGGCAUGGGGCUCCACACAUACCCGUCCACUUGGACCCCGCUUCCUGCCCGCCCUCGUUUCGCCAGCAUCCUCUGAUCCUGGUGUCAAUGGAUGGCUUCAGAGCAAAUUACAUCAACAGGGGACUGACGCCCAACAUUCAGGCCCUGGGGAGGCUGGGCGUGAGGGCGCCUUUCAUGAAGCCCUCGUACCCCACCAUCACCUUCCCUAACCACUACACCAUCGCCACCGGGAUGUACCCGCCCUCCCACGGCAUCAUCGCCAACAGGUUUUACGAUCCGGAGUUUGACGCAGUGUUUCGAAUCGGCCGUCCUGAAAGCUUCGAGCCCCGCUGGUGGGGAGGCGAGCCGAUCUGGAAGACUGUGGAGAGACAGGGCAAGCGCGCCGCCACCUUUUUCUGGCCUGGCUCGGAGGUAAAAGGACAGCGCGCUACCUACUGGUUCUACUAUAACGGCAGUAUUCCUUACCCACACCGCGUUGACCAGGUGCUGGAUUGGCUGGACCUGCCGGAAGACAAGCGUCCUCUCUUUAUGACGCUCUACAUGGAUGAGCCGGACAGAGCUGGUCACGACUUCGGGCCGGAUUCUACCCAGGUGAACGCGAAGCUGGCCCACGUGGACGAGAUGAUAGGCAGGCUGAUCAAAGGGUUGCAGGCCCGGAACCUUCUGUCCUGCGUCAACAUCAUCCUGGUGGCGGAUCACGGCAUGGUGGAGGCGGGACAGAACCGCGCCAUACGUCUGGACCAGUACAUCCCUAACGUGGUCAACAGGACGAGGUUCUGGAGUGGCAUCUUUGGCAGAAUGACGCCUAAUGAUGGAAAGGAAGAGACCAAACAAGCGAUGAUGAACUCUCUCUCCUGCAGAAGACCAGAAUUGAGAGUGUACGAGAGAACCUCCCUCCCUGCCAGGUGGCACAUGGGUAGUCAGCGCAGGGUGGAGGACAUUGUGGUGGACCUGGACCCUGGCUUCAGUGUGGGCGGCGACGCUUCCUUCAUGGCUGACGCAGGCGACCACGGAUACGAUAACUACUUCGCUGUUAUGAAUGCGCUGUUCGUCGCCCACGGGCCAGACCUGCGCCGGAACCUCGAGGUGGAGACUUUCCAGAACAUCGAGCUGUACAACCUGAUGUGUCACCUACUCGGGGUCACGCCGGCGCCCAACAACGGCACUUGGGGUUCGCUCAACCACCUGCUGGUCUCCCCGUCCCCCGUGCCGCAACCCAGACCCGAGUACCCACCUCCCGUGGCGGCAGUACCCUCCGAGGAGGUGCUGGAAUACUACAGGCCCAAGCCGCUGUGUGAGGGAGAUCUACAGAAGGUGGGCGAGCUGCUGGAGGUGCUGGAAGAGGCGCAGGAGGACGCAUACACCCUGACGGCGAAGCAUCUACCCUGGGGUCCUCCUGAGAUGGGGCGACACAGGGACUCCUCGCUCCUCCUUCUGCAGCAGGACUUCAUUAACGGCUACUCCACACACCUCAGGCUGCCUCUGUGGUCCAGCUUCACUCUCGGGAUCGGCGCCACCAACAUCUUCCGUUAUCCCUGGAGGAGUGACGUCAGACUGAAAGCUCAUCACAGAAUAUCUUGCAGCGAGUACACUAGCCUCGCCAACCACGGCCUCUUCCCCCAUCCGCUCUUCCCGCCAGAGUUCACAUCGAAGGCUGAGUGUGGCCAGCUUGCCUUCCUCGCCUCCAACACGGUGCCCAUCUCCUCCUUCCUGGGCAGCCGCUGGAGUGAGUUGCUGGGCUUCGUGCAUCACUGGGCCCGCCGCUACUCCACCAUCAACGUGGUGCUCGGACCCGUGUUCGACUACGACGCGGAUUCCUUCGCUGACGACCCGAGCUCUUGCCAUCGCUCCUCCGUGCCGGUGCCCACACACAUGUUCAUGGUGGUGAGCCGCUGCCUACAAUGGGUGCACGACCUCUCUGACUGCCCAUACUCACAAGUUGACGCCCUCGCCUUUAUCUACCCGCAGCACCUCGCCGUCUCAAAUUGUCUGAGCGCCGAGAGGUUCGCGCAGGAGUUCAGUGCCAAGGUGCAAGACGUGGAGAAGAUCACUGGGCUGCGGUUCUUCUCCCACAUGCCACACGAGGACCAGGUGAGGCUGCGGGUCAGGAUGCACUCCAACAUCUGGGGGCGGGAGUCGUGGGGGAACAGACUCCACUCCCGCGCCUAUCAUCUCUUUAAGUAGCAGUAAUAGUAAUAAUAGGAGUAAUAGUUGUAGUAGUUGUUAAGGUGGUGUAGCGUGGCAGCGUCGUCGUCUUCCUCCUUGUGUGUGUGUGUGUGUGUGUGUGUGUGUGUGUGUGUGUGUGUGUGUGUGUGAUCAUGAUAUUUUUUUGUAUUCGUACCUAGCUCAUCAUUACCCUCGCAUUUCAUCGUGUGUGUGUGUGUGUGUGUGUGUGUGUGUGUGUGUGUGUGUGUGUGUGUGUGUGUGUGUGUGUGUGUGUGUGUGUGUGUGUGUGUGUGUGUGUGUGUGUGUGUGUGUAUGUGUGUGAGUGAUGUAACUUGUACUCUACCGAUAAUGUCUUUCUGCGUCAGUCAUUUGUAUUUUCGUCACUGCAUUGAUGUUCACAACUGCAAACAACACUGUACUGAUUGAGAGUCUAGCUGUACUGCAUGCUUCUGUAAGUUAUGGCUGCACUUCGCCACUGUGUUAGUAGUUGUGGUCUUCCUCCCCAUCUUUCCCACACUGUAGAGAGCAAACAACACUCUUUCUCAUAUUGCAACGGCGGCCAGCAGAGGGAAGUAAAAGGAUCUGUAUAUCUAUGUAGCGUAAUAUAUUGUACAUAAUCAUAAGGAUAAGGAUUGUACACGUAACUAGGCGUAUUGUAUCUUGUCACCAAUAUUUGUGUGAAGUGUGUGUACGUUGUGGUCAGUAGCGGUGCUUUGGUAUCCCGGGGAGGCAGGGAACAAGACGUGGUGCGAUGCUGAGUGUUAUGGUGACUGGUGGAUGUAUAUGUGGUCCCUCAAGUGCAUUGCCUCGCUUUAUCUGUUACCAAGUGUGUGUGUGUGUGUGUGUGUGUGUGUGUGUGUGUGUGUGUGUUUGUUCGAUGUUGUGCUUCAAUAAAACAAGUCCUCGUCAUGAAUCACCUCAACGCUUCCUUCCCUUGUGUCACGUGAAAGUUC